UUGAAUUAUUACUCAUCUCUGCAAACAGUGACACAAACCACCCGUUUCCUAUCAUUUCGGCUUCCUCAUCGCCUCACAAAAUGCCAUCCACAAUCCUCCAACGAAGGUUGACGCUCAUUUGCUGCGGAAUUCUGGCGGUCAGCCUUCAUCUCCUCUUCCAGCUCGUCACGCUUUCCAUGGACCAUUCGAUAUUCCUCAAUUUAGGAGCAGCGAUAAUCAUCAGCUAUAUAUGGAUCAAAGUCUACUUGUUCGUCACUCGUGAGACUGGAAUUGAUCCAUUCAUCAAUACUGCAAUCACGCUUGGAUCGCCGUUUGUUGCUGCAUUGCUCAGAGACAAUGCUAUCAAGAAUGGGGACUGGGUGAGGGUUUAGGCUUGAGCUUCAAAUUAUCUGUCAUGUAGGGGGUCAUUUUGGUGGUUUGAUACGACAUUUGUGAUCGUGCUUCGGAAAUUGAAGCAACAAUCGGGCAACCCUUCUCGCCUCUCACACAUGAGGGAAAUAUUGUAUCAUCAUACAAUUUUCUUGCAUCCAUUUUCUUGUCCAUUAAAGUCCCACCUCAACCAACAAAAGCCAAGGCGUUGAGGCCAUAGGCAACCAUGA